AUGUAUAAACGCUAUGUGUACAGGCACAGGGAUUUGUUGGACACCAAACAGCUGCUGUUGAUCUUCUAUAGCCUCAAGAUUAUGUUCAGCAGUUACUUGAAUGCCAAUCGCCUGCAGCUAAGUGCAGAACAACUAUCUUAUGUGAUGAAAAAGAUGGGGGCUAUGAAGCUGCGAGCCUUGAGUCUGCGCACCCGACUCCAGCACGAUGCUCUCCGGCUGCCACACUCCCGAUUGGACCUGCACCUCUACUAUGUCAAUGAUGAUGUGGUCAAGGCCCGUACCUCCCCCUUCUACGAGAACGAGCGGAACACGAUCACUGUGCCCCUGAUCUUUCUGCAGUGGCCCCUCUUCGAUAGCCGCCAGCACCAUAUCUUCCAGUUCAGCUUGAUGGGCGGUGUCCUGGCCCAUGAGCUGACCCAUGCCUUCGAACAGGAGGGCAUUCUCUUCGAUUCUCUUCUCUGUGGGAUUGCAGAUUCGCGAGACGAAGGUCUUCCAGAACGCCAUCAAAUGCCGCUAAAGGAACGUCUGGCCGAUCUCAAUGGCCUCCAGCUAGCCUACGAUACGUUUUUUGGGCCAAACCACAACUCCCAGAACUUCGAAUAUCGUCCCUAUGCAUUUGAGAGCGAAUUCAAAGCACCGCAGCUGUUCCACCUGAGCUACGCGCAGUUCUUCUGCGGCAUCCUGCCGCCGGUGCUCGGUCAUGAUAGGGACGAUCGCGAUGCCAUGUAA